CCGGCGCCUUCCGGGGCGGAGCCGGGGCGGGCCGCGGCCGAGCCGAGCGGAGCCGGGCAGGGCCGAGCCGAGCGGGACUAUGAUGGCGCAGCGGGCGCUCCCGAACCCCUACGAGGACUACGACAAGUCCUUGGCCACCGGCUACUUCGACGCGGCCGGGCGGCUGACCCCCGAAUUCACGCAGCGGCUGAAUAACAAAAUCAGGGAGCUGCUGCAGCAGAUGGAGAAGGGCCUCAAGUCCGCCGACCCGCAUGACUGCACCGCGUACACUGGCUGGACAGGCAUUGCUUUGCUGUAUUUGCACCUGUUUGAUGUGUAUGGAGACCCAGCCUACCUUCAGGUGGCCCAUGAGUAUGUGAAGAAGAGCCUGAGGUGCUUGACCAGGCGAUCCAUCACUUUCCUGUGUGGUGAUGCUGGGCCCCUGGCAGUGGCUGCUGUCGUCUACCACAAGCUGCAGAACCAGAAGCAGGCAGAAGACUGCAUCAUCCGUUUGCUGCACCUACACAAGGCUGACCCACGAGUGCCAGAUGAACUCCUCUACGGGCGCAUGGGCUAUCUCUCUGCACUGGUAUUUGUGAAUAAGCACUUUGGAGAGGAAAAGAUCCCUCACAGUCACAUUCAGCAGGUCUGCGAAGCAGUUGUAGCCUCAGGAGAGAGCUUAGCCAAAAAGAGGAACUUCACAGCCAAGAGCCCACUGAUGUUUGAGUGGUACCAGGAGUACUAUGUAGGAGCAGCCCAUGGUUUGGCUGGGAUCUACUACUAUCUCAUGCAGCCUGGCUUUGGAGUGAGCCAAGUAAAGCUGCACAACACAGUCAAGCCCAGCGUGGACUAUGUCUGCCAGCUCAAGUUCCCGUCUGGGAAUUACCCUCCGUGCAUCGGUGACACCAGAGACCUGCUCGUCCACUGGUGCCAUGGAGCUCCAGGUGUAAUCUACAUGCUUGUCCAGGCAUACAAGGUCUUUGGGGAGCAGCAGUACCUGAAUGAUGCCCUGCAGUGUGCAGAAGUGAUCUGGCAGCACGGGUUACUCAAGAAAGGCUACGGGCUGUGCCAUGGCACAGCUGGCAAUGCUUAUGCCUUCCUGGCACUGUACAACCUCACUCAGAACAUGAAAUACCUCUACAGGGCCUGCAAGUUUGCAGAGUGGUGUUUAAGCUAUGGGCAGCAUGGGUGCCGGACUCCAGACACACCAUUCUCUCUCUUUGAAGGAAUGGCUGGAACAAUUUACUUUCUUGCUGACCUGCUGGUGCCUACCAAGGCCAAGUUCCCUGCAUUUGAACUCUAAAUCUGAAUCCUGCUUGGCAGUUUGCUGCCCUGUAUCCUUCUGCACUUGGAAACGCAGUUCAAGGCUGCUUUCUCCUUUUUCCAGACUCAUCGUUGUUCGCCUAACUGAACGUAAAUCCAUCCUCCUGGGGGCAUGCUGAGUUCUCUAACAUUUCUAGUUGUCUCAUUACAUUGUUUAGUUUAAAAGACAGAAUGCAGAUUUUGCUGGUGUCCCUUCAAAACUCAGGGCUGCAGGUGGGAGCAGGGAGAACUGUACAGUAUUUUGUUGGUUACAGAGUUUUGCUAUUUCCUGUAUCCCAUUUCCUGGGAAGAAGUUUUCUAUUGAAUGUAACCUGGGCUAUUUAACUUCUUUUUGUGCUAACAAAUAGUUGCAGGAAUUUAGCUGCCUUUGGAGAACAACAGAUGGAAAACUGAGACUAUUGCCCUGGAAGUUGUUUUCAAGUGUUUUCUUUCUGAGCACCCAGAGAGCAGAUGGUUCAGUAUCUGGACUGUGCCACGUGAAGCGAAUGUGAUGGACUGUUGAGUCUUAUGUAUAUUUUUAAUAUCUUCUUGCAAUUGGCAGAGCUGGAACUGACAUGCCAAAGGCUUAUCCUGAGUUUGCACCUUAUCUGCUCUAAAGGCAAAGGCUCUUCUGUGCAUUUGUUCCAGUGACAGACAAGUAAUCCAUUGCCAUCUUAUAUUAAACCUUGCUAGUCCAUUGGUCAUCCAGUGGCAAACUCCAGUCCAAAAGUGAGCUAAGCAUGCUUGCUUUUGUGGUCUCUUCUUGUUAGCUUUGACAGUUUAUUUUGCAGUCUUUAUUUAAAUUUGUGUAUUAGGUGGUGCCAGGUGCCCACCAGAGGCAACAAGGGAAAAGAAAUGUAUGCCAGUGAGUUCUCACCUAUUAGCUGUAUAGAUGUUAUUUACAUGUUUUCUUUUAUAAGCUUUCUGAAACUUGGAUAAUUUGAGUCACUUGUUUGCCUUGCUACUGUCUAUUGUAGUUUAAUUUGCAACCACUCAUCUACCCAACUGGAAAAUCUGCACUAGGUUAACUGGC